AUGGCCGUCCUAAGCCGGCAUUGUUGGAAGUUUGCUAAAGGGUGUCAACCAUCUGAUCUGGAUGACUUGUCAACCGGCAGCUGCUAUAGCUGUUGGGGGAAGGGAGGAUACAGAUCUCUCACCUGCACUGCUGCAGCUGCUAUUACUACCCUGAGCCAAAAGAAAUUUAUGCUUUGUUGUGGCUCGUCUUUCUCUCCUCCUUUACUUGUUGAAGCUUGUAUGCCUCACCUUAACCUUUGCUUGGGUACAUUCAGGCCCUGGGCUUCUAGGACAACAACUUUUCUUUCUUUCAGCAAGCUGAGUUACUUAAGAUGUGUAAUUAUCAACCAUGGGAAGAUGAUUCACCUUCUAGUGAAGAACAUGAACCAAGGACCAGAAAUGUCACAAAUACUGUGGCAACUGGAUGGCAUCCAUGUGAAACCAGAAUAGCAAUGUUAGAGGCACGGAUAGCAAGGAUUGAGGUUCGACUUGACGGUCUUGAAGCAAGGAUAUUUUAUCAGCAGAAGGCACUGCGGAUCAUAUCUUUGCUGUUUUUGGUUACUCUUGCAUAUGCCAUAUGGAAAUGAAUGUGAGGGAUGAUAAAACUGUUGAAGCUGUAAUAUUUUACAGCUCUACUUAGAUGUGGACUUAGCUCGCCAUCUCAUGUGACGCGAUUUUUGCACUGCAGAAGUCAAACGGAAGCUAACAAGGAGGAAACAAGCUACUUAAAUGUUGUCAACUUAGUUGCAUAAUUUUGAUGUUCUUUGUCUGUCUACAGAUGAUUGUCACAACCAUGUUUUGUUGGUCUUUAUGAGAUAUCAUCACUAUAAUUUUCCAAUUUUUCUCUUUUUCCAUUUUCUAGUAUGAAAUCCUUUUUGUCAAAACAA